UGUAGGCCGGCGGUUGAUGUGACGUGGCAGAAGGUGAGGCGGGCUCUGCGGCCUCGGCGUGGACAGGCCGUGGCUCCUCAAGAUGUUGACGUUCAGCGAGUGCUCGCUGCUGCUUGGCCUCCUCAGCUACUUGUGUGGGGCCUCGGCCUACUUCGUCAGCAUUGAUGCGCACGCUGAGGAGUGCUUUUUCGAGAAGGUAACGUCUGGCACCAAGAUGGGGCUGAUCUUCGAGGUGGCCGAGGGCGGCUUCCUGGACAUCGAUGUGGAGAUUACAGGACCAGAUGGUAAAAAUAUUUAUAAGGGGGACCGGGAAUCCAGUGGGAAAUACACAUUUGCUGCACAUAUGGAUGGAACGUAUAAAUUCUGUUUCAGCAACAGAAUGUCCACUAUGACUCCCAAGAUUGUGAUGUUCACUAUCGACAUUGGAGAAGCACCAAAAGGGCAUGAUAUGGAGACAGAAGCUCACCAGAACAAGUUAGAAGAGAUGAUCAAUGAACUGGCUGUGGCCAUGACAGCAGUGAAGCAUGAGCAAGAGUACAUGGAAGUACGUGAGAGGAUACACAGAGCAAUCAAUGACAACACAAACAGUAGAGUGGUCCUCUGGUCUUUCUUUGAAGCUCUGGUAUUAGUUGCCAUGACUCUUGGACAGAUCUACUACCUGAAGAGGUUUUUCGAAGUCCGAAGGGUUGUGUAGCGGCCUCUCGUAGAAGUUCAGCAUCGGAGCCACAAUCUGAAAAGGAUCUGGUCACAACAGCUUUUAAUACUUUGUCACUUGACUGAAAACCUUUCACGCACUGUGUUAUUGGUCUUCAUUUACUGCUGUUUAUAUAAAGUCCUUUGUAGUACAAUAUUGGGAGUCCGUGGGUAUAAAAGAAUAAUUUGCAGAGGCCUCAAGUUGCAAUGUAGGGGAUUUUUAAUGCUCCAAAUCAGCUCAAUUCAACUUUACAAAGAGAUUUGACUAAUGUGCAAGCCCACCUAAUGUUUUUAAAGCAUUUCUGUAACAGUGUGUAAGCAGUUUAAUUUGUUUGCAGUGCUGUAUAUAGAUUGCCCAGCUUUUUGGAACAUUAGUAGUUCCCUACAGUUUGUAUUUUUUUUUUCCCCAAAGUGGCUGUGCACUUCUGUGGAGGAUUUCUGAAAAUUUGCAAUUAGUUUAGUACGUAAGUUAUAGACUUACUGUAACUGUCCAGCCAUUUUCAUGUUGUCACACCUGAUUUUCUUUUUCCUUCCAAUAUCUGUUUUCACCACUGGAACCAAAUCAUCCUCUGGGUUUUUGGUGAUUUGUUAUGGGUGCGGAUGUUUUUAUAAAAAUCCGUAUGAAUAUGCUUUUUAUUUGCUUUGCUGUAAUUAAUUGGUAACAUUGAUGAUGGGCUUAAACUGCAAACAAAAAGGAAAAGCAUUAGGUGUGUGGGUUGCUGAUUAAGAUGUGACCAGUGUGAAUAAGUUGCUUAUACUUGGUCUUUUGAAAAUCUUUCACACGACAAUUUUGUACAAUUUAUUUAGUUAUGGUUUACCUUCAUGUUCAGGGGUAAACUUGUAUUACUUUAGGCAGCAAACCAGCAGAAAAAGGUCCACAAUCCCACAACUUCAUACUAUCAAAGGUUCUUUUUUUUUCGUGAAUAAAGAGAAUGUUUCUUGAUUCUGAAAAUGUAGCAGUUUAAAGUACUCCUGAAUGUCUUGGGCUAUCCAGUGGCCUGAUUGCACUGGUUUGUUAACUCCUUGCCAAUGCUCAGUAACCUUUCUUGCAGAAUAAGUAUUUAAUUUUUGGCUGUGAUAUGAGCAGUAUUUUGUUCCCAACUUCAUCUCUUGUUCCUAGGUUUCAGAAUAUUAGUGAAAUUAUUGCUAGGAGUCUUCCCCAUUAACUGAAACUUUUUAUUGUAAAAGCCCAGACAUUAAAACUCCUAGGAAGAGUGAAGGUAUUUUGGGGAAUGGUUGGUGAGAUUUUCACUUAAAAACAAAAGUCCUGACUGACUUUAUACCCCAAACAAUGCUGCAUUUAUAGUGAGAUUUUGCAAAAUUUGAACAGUGGAAAAUUAAUAUUUAAUUUGCCAGAUAAAACCAGAUUCUUGGUUUUGAGAAGGUUGCAGGUUUUCUGUGGCUGGUAAUGUAUAAUUAAAUGCUGUCUGUUAUUUUGAACCAGGGAGUAUCUGCAUUGAUUUGGAAUUUGACUUAUGGACAUUGGCUGGAAAGACUUUUGAUGGAUUAAAAACUUGUGGUGAUUGUGGGACUUUGAAAAAGAACAGGUUUAUAAACCGUCACCUGAUUUUAAAAAAAAAGCUGUCUGCCAACACUUUUUGAAAUCUUUAUGUAACAUCACACCUUAAAUGGAUCAGGUGUGAUAUGAUGUAAUUAAAGUCUAAGGUGUAUCUCUAAUAAAAUGACCCCAAGCCAAUGAUAAUUAAUGUAACUUUCUCACAUUCUCUUCAAAAGAUUUACAAGGUGUGGAGGAGCGGUGGUCUUUGUGUUUGCAUUCUGUCCUUUGUAAACAUCUUGCUGCCUGUAUGUGUACAGGUAAACUUCAUUACAGAAAACAAAAAUUCCAUUUGAUUUUUUUAAUUCAAAGGGAAGCAGUAUGUACAUAAUCUUGCCAAAUCGUGAGAGCAUUGUUUAUUUGAUCAUUUGAGGUGUGUGUUGUAAUGUGUUGCUUUGUUGGUAGUAAUUUGAACCAUAUGAUUGAAUAGCCUCAAACUGGUGUUUCAUUCAAAGCCAAGAGCCAGCUAACUCUGUAAAACCAACAGAAUUUUACCUCAGCUGCUGCACUCCUCGCACCUCCUCUUCUUUUCUCUCACUCUUUCUCCUCCCCAACUCUUACCCCCCCCCCCCCCCCCCCCCCCAAACAAAAGGAAACUCCAUCCCACCCUGCCCAAUAAGGGUUCAGCUUUAUGAAUGAUCCUGAGUCAGUAUUACCAUGGUUGCUGAACGUCUGUAAUUUGCCAGUGGUGAGUAUUAUUGCUGUAGUGAUCUGGUGCAGCAGGAAUCACUAAAGACACUCAAUUAUUGUUUUGUUUUUGUGCUGCAAAUGCAGUUUUACUGUCUUGAAUAAAGUUGGCCAAAUUUUUUCUAAUAAAAAGAGAGGGAACUUGCAAAAACUGAGAAUCUGAAACAAGUGUUCUGGAAAUACAAUAAGGGCAAAGUUGAUGUUAGGGAUUUGUACAAUCCUAAUGAAGAGCAAAGCAAAAUGGUCACCGUCUCUAUACGUAUGGUAGGAUUAGUGCUGCAAAUGAGCAGGUUUGUGUAAUCUGGUUAAUACCAUAAAUUUGUCUAUUUAAUACUGUUUUUUUCCCAACUAUCCUUGUACAGUCUCCUGCAUAAAGAUAUCUGGUCUUCCAUGUUUGAAGGUUGUGGUACAGCGACAGAUAUCUAGCAUGUGGUAACCACUCAGAUGAAUUCAAUUCCAAUCUUAUUUGUAUUAUUUUCCAUAAGUGUACUUUCAAAUGAAAAAAUAUAUUCAUUAAAAUAAUUUAAGUAAA